GUCCGGCACAGUCCACUCGGCGAUACGACCCAUGCUGGACCGUCGUCGCUCUGGUCCACGCCGGCAUCAGGCAUCCAGCACCCGCGCCGUCGGCACCAGGCCGCCGCACCAGACAGCCGCACCAGCCCGUCGAGGUCGUACGUCAACGAGGACGCGGUGUCGUUGCACGUCGUCGUCGACGUCGCGUCAUCGUGAUCGCGCGUGGUCCAGGGACCGCGGGUGCGCCACGCCGAUUGCCGGCAAUUAAAAAUAGAAAAAAAAGUAACACUGAAACGAAGCUACGGAGAGGAGAGAGAGAGAGAGACGUCGAAGGAUUCGAGGAUACCGCCAGACGACGAUCGUCUGGGAAACUGCGGUUCAUCGAACCCGCGUGAAACAUCGCGCCGCGACACUCUGCGCGACACUCGCGGCGCGACGCUUUUGGACUUGUUUAUAUUUUCCUUUUUUUUUCCUAUUCACUUCGCCAUUUCGCGAAGGUGACAGCAGUGAGCGAACAGUCAACGAGAGAGGAGCAAUUCUGGGAUAUCGUGAAUUCGCCGCGGGAGUCCCACCGUGACUGUGAACUCUGACCGCGGCGACGAACCACCGCGUUCAGUUCGGUUGCGAUCAAAAGUUCCUGCGGUUGUUGUCGCGUGUCGGCGCAACAUCGGUGCUCGGCAGGUGCCGCAGAGGGAAAUCGGCUGGCGGCGAGUCGACGCGCAGAACUACUGUCAAUCGGGAAAGCGCCAGCAUUCCCGCCGGACGGGCGCGUAAACGUUAUCCCGCACCUGUGCGCGGCCGAUCGUGUUCCGGUCAGUUAGUCACUCGGUCAAACCUGAUAUUGACACUAUCGUUCGCGGAGUCGCGGUGUCAUAUAUGUCGCGCGUAUUUCUCGCGGUGGUGAACGCAGUGCGGCCGCGAAAGAAUGCGGCCAUUGAGGACCAUGAGGACCAAUAUUAGUUGACGAAGAAGUGUCCAGGUUGCGGUGCCCAGGUGCGCGAGACGUAUCGGAUAAGAUAUCCAGAAGAGAGCGCGAAUCGUGAUAGAGAGAACCGGACGCGGCGUGUCCCUAGAAAUAAGAAGGACGGGAGAAGACAGUGUUUCGAUAUCUCGGGAAAAAUCGGAUGGACCCUCUCGCGGAGGGCGAAAACACGCGGCGGAGGUGAGAGGGAGGAGGGCGGAAGCGUGACGACGGCCGAGAUCGGGAUCGGGUUCUUUGUCCUGUUGUUCUGUCACCGACGUGCGCUUGUCGCUUCCUCCUUCCUCAUCUCGUUCCCGCGGAUGUGAUCCAGGUGACCGGAAGGUAACAACUGGCAACGGCAACUGCAACCCCUUUUCCGUCCUGGACGACCGGAGCUGAAGCUCGUUCUUCAAGAGACAAGUGUUUCGUGACGAGAGUCGAAGAUCGCGAACGCCACCAUGAGGAUCAAAAUGCCCGCGGUCAGGAUCGCGCAAGAGAUUCCGGUACGCGUCCUUCCCACUCGUAGAUGGAAAUUACAAGGACGCCCGCAAUAGAGGGGCCACCGGGCUUGGUGAUCGCAACAUUACGGAUGUAUAGGCCAAUUUCGGAAACCUCGCAAAGUACCACCUCCCCAGACACCGUCCAAUGCGGGGGCUGCAGGGCGUCCUAUCCCCUCGGAGAAAUUGUCCGGUUCAUCGAACACAAGGUCAACCACUGUCGGAGCACCCUCCAGGGCUGCCACAGUCCACCGGCGACGGCCGCGCCGGAGGAUUCCGAUCCGGAGGAUGCCCUCACCCUGAAGACCGUCGACCCGGACUCGAAGCUGAACUCGGUGCCCAGCAUCUCCGCGCCCAUCAACAAGAGAAGCGGCCGACUGGAGAGUCCGCCGGCGCCUCAGGGCCCGGGGCCGGAUACCGGAAGUCCGAUCGACCUCAAGGCAAGCGCCAGCUCGACGCCAAAAAGACGGACGGAAGCACCGGAUGAGGUCAAGGAAGAUCUUCCGAAGAAGCAGAAGACUGAGUCCGUGGACGCCGACACAAACACAGUCAAUUCCGAGCCAAGGUGGCUGCAGUGUUCGCAGUGUUCUCGGCGGCUGUGUUCGGCGUGGGAGCUCCUUCAGCAUGUACAGAGCAUGCACGGCGCCCGCCUCUACUGCUCCUCCUCCUCGUCGACGAACUCCUCGUCGAACACUCCGGCGCCUAGUCCACCGACGCCUACGCCGACGCACGCGCACCAUCUAAGUCCGCCGAAUCAUCUAAACUUGAGCGGAAAGUCCACCGGAAGUUCCUCGGCGGCGAACUCUUCCGGCGGUACGAAUACGAGUGGCAGUAGCGGUGGCCGACAGCAGCUUCAGACCUCGUCCCUGGUGGGCGAUCCCCUUCACAGUUUUCUAAGGUUACCCCAGCACUUGGAGCGAAGUUUUCCGCCUAUGUUCAGGCCCGACUUCCUCACCCUGAAUCCCUUGGCGGGAUACAGAGGUCUUCAGGAGCUGCAGACGGCUACACGAAAUCUGCAAAACCUGGGCGACCCGCUUCGCGGUAUGGACGGUUUAAAUCUGGGGGAUCCACUGGUACGUAGCUCAUUGGAUUCCCUGAACAACGCCCGGAACCUGGCGAAUCUGGCCGAGCUGUCGCACGGCCGCGGCCUCGCGGGCCAAGCACACCCACCACCACUCGAAGCGAACCUGGAUUUUUACUCAGCGCGCCUAAGGAGCCUCGCUAAUCCGUCCUUAGGCGCGGCUCCACCUACACCUAGCGGUAAUCCCACGACGAAUCCCCCUCCUCCACCGGUACCGCCGGUACCGCCAGUCCCUAUCGCCAGCGGUGUUCAGCAGCAGCAGCAACAACAACAACAGCAGUCGCAGCAACAACAAUUACAGCCCCAUCCACAAUCUGUGGAACCGCCUAGUCCGGCCUCGGCCAACCCCGCGAAUUUAACCCACGGCAGUCAUCAAAAAGAGAACUCGCCGCCCUGUUAUAGUCAAAGCCCGGUGGGUCAUCACAACAACAAUAAUUCGACCGACAGCGAGAAGACCAGCCCGCCAGUAGCCUCCACGCCGAUCAUUACUGAUUCUUCGUCUGAGACGGUGUACACGUGCGAGAUUUGUGACAAAAAGUUUCGCUUCCAAUCGAAUUUGAUCGUCCAUCGUCGUAGUCAUCGGGACAAGGAAAGGCAGUACCAGCAACGAGAAAGCACGCAGGACGGGCAAGGUACGGCGACGAGAUGCGAGGUGUGCGAUAUUGAGGUAGCGAACUUCGCCGAGCUAAGGAAGCACAUGAGGAAGGAACACCAAGAGCACUUGAAUUCAGCUGCCAGUCCGCAGGGCAGCGUCGAAACGGUGCCGGACGACGGAUCCAGCUGCGAUGAAAACAUGGACCUAGACGAGAUGGAGGAGAACGAGCAGAAGGCCGAGCGGGAGGACGCGGAGGAAAACACGCCGGAGGACCUAAGCACCACUCAGGGGCAAAGCGGCGAGGAGAGCGGAGGUCGAGUGGAGAAGCCGGCCAGCCUGGUGGGCGAUCUCAUGGAGAAGUUUGGCUUGAGCAACAUCGCUCAAUAUUCAGAAGCUUAUCGGCAAGCGUUGCAGGAAAAUCAUCGCAGCGGCUUCCUCAAAACCGAUUCGCCGUGCAACCUCACUAACUCGCUGAACAAUAACAAGGAGAAAGAAAGUGCUCUCUCGCCGACAAAUUUUAAUUCCUCAACGACGCCGAAUAUUUUUUCCGGCCAGGGAUUUCCUAGAUCUUCAGGGCCGGAUUUCACAGGUCUUUGGUUACCUAGUCCGCACUACCUGGAGAACAAUGAAUUCCGUAAGGCGUCCAAGGCCACGACGUCCACCUUGUCGCUUCAGGGCUUGCCAAGUCCGCUGCUGAAGAAGGAGCGGAGCGGCCGAAACGACACUUGUGAGUAUUGCGGUAAAGUUUUCAAGAACUGCUCGAAUCUGACGGUGCAUAGGCGGUCGCACACCGGCGAGAAGCCGUACAAGUGUGAGCUGUGUUCGUACGCGUGCGCCCAGAGCUCGAAACUGACCAGGCACAUGAAGACCCACGGCCGACACGGCAAGGACACGUAUAAAUGCCGUUUUUGCGAGAUGCCAUUCUCGGUGCCGAGCACAUUGGAAAAGCACAUGAGAAAAUGCGUGGUGGUGGUGCAGCAGGGCCCCAAGCUGGACAUACCUUACCCAGUAAUCAAGGACGAGGAUUCGUCACUUAGCAGUAAGGAUACUUGAUCCUGGAACGGAAGCCUACCGCCGAUUCCGCCGUUGUGGCCGCACAGGCCGCCUUAUCCGGUGUACUGAAGACGAGAGAUCUUCCUCUUCAGGGACCUCGAGAGAAGAAGAGAUACCUGAUGAACCCUGAGUCCCGCAAGGCCGGUUCGAUUUUAUCGAGACGGCGCGACCUCAGAAGGAUCUCUUGAUGCGGAAUGUCCGAGGUCACCUCUCGGGAUUAGGAGAGGUGGUAGGUCGAUGUGAUCUCGAGAAUCUCCGACCGAACGGCCUGGAAAUGGCUGAUCGAGUCGACAAGUUGUAAAAAAAUUAUUAAGAGCUGGAAGAUCUAGCGAAGCCGGAGUUUCGACUAAUUUGAGCAAAGAAGGAUCUUCACACGGUUGCGAGGAUUGUACGCGAUGCGAAGAUGAUGUCCAGAUGACGCGAGAACAAAGCGAUCGAAUAAAGAAAGAAGAUACUCGACAAGAAACCCUGCUCCGCAUUUUAACUUACUAAAAAAAAAAAACGAACGAAUGGUUACCAGUUUGCAAGUCUCAGCACACACUCAGCUAUUUAAAUUAUAUAUCGCUAUAAAUAUAGUUUAUAAAUAACGGGAAAAGACAUAAACUAUAAAUAUAAAGCUGCA